GCCCCCUUCCCGGGCUAUUUGGCCGCUGAGGAGGAGCGGGCUGCCCGCACUCGGGGUUGCUGCCUGUCCGGAGGAGCCGGUGCGGGGAAGUGCCGACUUGCCGGAGCCCAGAGGACGCGCCCGCCUGCAGGAUCCCCCGGCCCGCGCUCGCAGCAGCCGCCGCCGCGGGGCUUUGCCAUGGCCGAGCUCUGUUGACUAGAAGUCAGCCUCAUCGUCUUUGGUGUAGCUGUAAACAUGACUUGACAUCCUGAUGACUGCAUUCAUGGCUCUUGGAUGAUCUGGUGCACCAUGGAGCUCAAAGUAUGGGUGGAUGGAGUCCAGAGAAUUGUUUGUGGGGUCACUGAAGUCACAACUUGCCAGGAGGUGGUGAUAGCCCUGGCUCAGGCUAUAGGUCGUACUGGAAGAUACACACUGAUAGAAAAAUGGAGAGAUACAGAGAGGCAUUUGGCACCUCAUGAAAAUCCUAUCAUUUCAUUGAACAAAUGGGGACAGUAUGCAAGUGAUGUGCAGUUAAUAUUACGCCGCACAGGGCCAUCCCUCAGCGAGAGGCCGACUUCAGACAGCGUUGCUCGAAUACCUGAAAGAACUUUGUACCGACAAAGCUUACCUCCAUUAGCCAAGCUAAGGCCUCAGAAUGACAAAUUAAUAAAAAGGAGAGAGCCAAAAAGGAAGUCUUUGACCUUCACUGGGGGUGCAAAAGGGUUAAUGGACAUUUUUGGGAAAGGUAAAGAAUCUGAGUUCAAGCAAAAGGUGCUCAACUGUAAAACAACAGCUGAAGAGUUGAAAAAACUGAUCCACCUCCAGACUGAGAAGCUUCAGUCCAUUGAGAAGCAGCUGGACUCAAAUGAGGCUGAAAUCCGGUACUGGGAACAGAAAUACAAUUCCAGCCUGGAAGAGGAAAUUAUCAAAUUUGAGCAGAAAAUCAAAAGAAAUGAAGUAGAGAUUGAAGAGGAAGAGUUCUGGGAAAAUGAACUGCAGAUUGAGCAAGAGAACGAGAAGCAGCUGAAGGAACAACUCCUGGAGAUCAGGCAAAGGAUCCUGGAGUGCGAGAGCAAGUUAAAAGACUAUAUGACUCAAAUCCACAGAAUGGAGAGUGGCCUUGAAGCAGAGAAGUUGCACCGGGAAGUUCAGGAGUCGCAGGUGAAUGAAGAAGAGGUCAAAGAGAAGAUUGAGAAGGUGAAAGGUGAAAUUGAUAUUCAGGGCCAACAGAGUCUAAGGCUGGAAAAUGGCAUUAAAGCUGUAGAAAGGUCAUUGGGCCAAGCCACCAAAAGAUUACAGGACCGAGAACAAGAACUGGAGCAACUAACGAAGGAGCUAAGACAAGUAAAUCUCCAACAAUUUAUCCAGCAAACAGGAACAAAGGUCACAGUGCUACCAGCAGAUCCUAUUGAAGUGGAGGCUUCACACACACAGCUCGAAAGAGAGACAACAUUUCAGUCUGGGUCCCUGAAACGCCCAGGUUCAUCAAGGCAGCUCCCCAGUAAUCUUCGAAUUCUACAGAAUCCACUGUCAUCUGGUUUUAACCCUGAGGGCAUUUAUGUAUAACAAUAUAUACCUCUUCUGAAGAGGACCUAUGAAGGUACCAUGGACAGUAUAAGUUCCUUCCUUUUUGAUUCUACCAAUGAUGAAUGAAAGAAGCUUUUCCUCUUUAAGCCACCACAUGUUGCGUUUCUUCAUUCUACAUACCACGUGGAGCCAUGCCCCCUGCACUGAUGCAAAAGAACAAAGGAACUGUGUAGCUACACAGCUGGCAGUGUUGAAGUUGCUGUCCAAUAACUAUUGAUGCAAGAGCCUUCAUUUUUAUUCUUGCUACUUCAGAAGCAUUUAGAAAAGUAUUAUUCCAUAUAUAGGCAUAAAUAAAACACUGACUGAGCAGAGUGAAGGAACCUGUUUGCAACUGGUUUAAGGUUUAAUUUAUUCCAUGCAAUCCAUGGAGGUGUGAAUGUUGACCUUUACAGUGUCUUUUAUUUUAUUAUUUUAAACUUGUGACUAAUUAUAUAGUAUCGUAUUUCUCAAUCUGACCAGAUCACUUUUGUGUGUAUAAAUGUCCAGUGUUUCAUCACAUUAACAAUUCACAACCACAGGAGUGUUGUGGGGGUGCUGUAUCUUUAAAAUAGUCUCUAACCACUGAUUUUGUUUGUUACAUUGUGGAUUAUGAUGCAUCAUAUCACAUCCAUUGCUACCUUUUUAGGUGAGUUUGUGGGAUUAGCUUCCUAUUGAUUCCGCCUUGAAUGAACCAUUAAAAGAUUAUGGAAUUUAAAGCUGGCUUGGUAAGGAUAUUUCCAGCAUAUGAUUGAGGAUGCACUAGUUAGACAGUAUUUUAUUAUAUAGAAUGUAUAUUUGAGAUAUUGUGCCACAUUGCGUAUGCCUUUUGAGAAACAAACAAUAUAAGGGGUCUUCAUCGUAUGUCUUACUAAAAAGGGGUGUGAGGCUUUUCACUGUGUGUGAUUUUUACUCUUCUUUUCACCACCAGGACAGUGUUCUUAUUUUCCUGUAAAUGUUACUAUUCUUAAAAAAAAAUACCACACACACACCAUUUAGCAAAAUGAUAGCUAAAAGAGCUGCGGUGAUAUCCUGGUCCCAUUUGAAAUUAAUAGCAAAAUUCCCAUUGAGUUCACUGGGGCCAGGAUUUCAUUCCUGCUCCCCAAAAUGUUAUGGAACAUGUUUUUCUUUAGAUAUGCAAGACUAUUUCUGGUCAGGGUUUUAUAGAGCAUGUAUUUUACAAGUGAGAGGUAGAAGAUAAACGUUCACAGAUUCACUAGGAGACUUCAGUUUAUUUUUACAAUGUUUUGAGGUCACCUAGUACAACCAAAAAUAAAACAAGGUUUAGACAAAGUGGCUUCCCAGCAGAAUGCAAGAGUAAACACAUACAGGUACAUCACUUCCAAAUAAAGUGCGGUUAUGAUGCUAGGCCCUGGUCCUGCACUCGGAUCAAUGCAGUGGACUCCUGAGUCUGUGCAGAACACCAUUGGCAUCAGUGGGACUCCUUCAUGACGAGAAGGGGGUCCAACUGCAUGGAUCUGAUUACAGAAUCUGCGCCUUAUGUAUUGCAUUUGGACUGCCUAUUAUAACAGCACCAGCUAUUGCCAUCGCAUGCCUGCAGAUCCCUUUGACUUCAGUGGGAGCCAUGCCAGUGCAUCCAGAGCAGAAUUUAGCCCUUGGGGUCCCCAGAAAUCAAAAUCUAGAGGGAGAAUCCUGAUUCCAUUGAAGUCAAUGGCAGAACUUCUUUUGACUUCAGUGGGAUCAGGAUUUCAUCCUUGGUGAGUAAAAACCCAAGGUUUAAUUACUAAAGAAUAAUAUUUCAGAAAUCUGUUUAUUUUUAAAAUAUAGAUGUUCCUGCUUGGAUUUACUUGUGCCCAGAUAAAUACGAAAUUAAUUCUUAUUUUAAAAACGACCAUGAAUUUCCACAUCAGAACGGUAACUCAAAGUUUGAAGGAUACAGCAUGAGAUGAAGGAAUCACCGUUAAAUGAAAUUUUUUCAUUUCUCUUUUAUUAAUAGCACCAUAAAUACUAAAAAUGCUGCUGUAUUUAGACUAACAGCAACUUCAAAUGAGGCUGUGAAAAUAUAAAGGAUCUUUCAAAACAGACUCAGUUCAAAAACAAAAAUUCAUUAUCCAGGUCUCUUUUUACUUGUGAACAAACUGGUAAAUGUGCUGCUCUAGCCUAAAGAAUCUUUGCCACGCUCAGUUUUUCAUAUCCGUUAUUGAUGAGUCUGUGCUCAUGUAUGUUUGUGCCCAUAACUUUCUUAUAUAAAAAUGUAUUUGUUAAUUAAUAUAAAACACAAAUAAUUUGGAGAUUAUACUGUGUACAGGGGGCAUAUACCUUUACUUUCCAGGUCCAAUUUUGCCCCAAAAAUGGCCCAAUCUGGCAGGAUACUUAGUAUCCUCAACUCCCUUAGAAGUCGAUAGGAGUUGAGGCAGUCGGCGCUUUUGCAGUAUCAAGCCCAAAUUGCAUUGCAUAGCGAAGAUCCUAUGUCACUUAAUCACAAAGAAAAGUUUAAUCAAAUCUUUGCUGCAUACUGAUAUAAAGGAUUGUUAAAGCAGAUAAACGUAUGUAUCCUGAAAAUAUUCUGUUAUGCAGUAAGGAUCUGAUCCAGCUCCCAUUGAGUUCCGUGAAUGCUAAGAUCAUAAGAAUUAUGUGUCGUCUUGUGCUUUAAGGGCGGUGGGGUAAGAAAACUCAGGAUUUUGGAUGGCUCAAGAUAUUGUUCCAGUAACGAAAUUUGGAGCCUUUCCCCUUAAUUUAGUAGUUUAAAUUUAACAUAGAUUGGUGGUGACUGCUGUUUGGCAGAGAGGUCAAACACUAAGUGGGUUUGGAGACAACCAUCCCACCUUGUACUCUCUCCAAGUUGAAGCUGAAGAACAUCAUCAGGGCACCUGAGGAGCUUUCACUGCUUCUGUCCACUAGGAGGGUAAACAGAACAGUUGGUGCUCCAGGGCUGCUGUUAGUAAGGCAAAAAAUUCACUGAAAUGUUUUUUAAAAUUUGAGAAAAUACCUUUAUUUUCCAUCUUCUUGAUAUGUUGAACUUUCUGUUCAAUUUAUUAUUCAGUUCAACCACAGCAUCAUAAAGAAUUAAGAGUUUCACUCCAUAUCAACAUGUGACCCUUUUAAAAUGUAGAUUUUUAUCAUGCUUCCAUUUUCAAAAGCAUUUUCAAACCUGGUCAGAGGGGCAUGAGUAGAACAAAAACAGCAUGUAACAGGUGCCACAUUAUAUACUUGCCAGCAUAAUAAAUAUAGAUUUUUGUUUUUAUUAAAUAGUUUAAUACACAAGUAUCUAUUUUCCUUUAAGUGCACAGGACAUUUAUAUGAAAGACUCCUAUUAUUGCUAAUGGAAAUUAACUGUGUGAAUCCCUCACAUUGUCAUUCACAAGUGUAUGAAGGGAGAUAAAUGCAAAAAUAGAUUAAGAUUUAGGGUAAAAUUUUCAACAACAACAACAAAAGCCUAAAUCUCAUUGAAACAUAAUGGCUCCUGUGUCACUCAAGCAUUUUUGAAAAAGUUACCCAUCUUCUGAAACUUUAAAGAGAACAUUCCAUCGCUACCCUAGCCUACAGAAUCUGCAAAUAUGACUUUUCUUUGUGAUUAAGAGAAGAAGACCCUUUAGAGAAAGGAAAUCUCUACUUGGGGCUAUGACUGCCUUUUAAAAAAAAUAAAUAAAUAAAAAGCACACUAUGUAUUGCAUUAUGGUGAAUUGGGAUUAUAUGAGUAUGGGGAAAAAAUUGAUCCUGUGAUUUUUAGUGAACUGAAGUAUACAGUUUCCCAAUGUGCAUUACUUAGAAUGAAUUGGGCCUUAAUUAUCUAUGUAAAUAGCAAAACUUUAUUCAUUUUUUUUCCAGAAAAUAAUCUUUAAUGGCCUGCACGGUAUUAAAAUAAGUGUCAAAGUGUUACUUUUAUAUUAUGCCAUUUUUUUUGUUUUUGGAACAUUGAAACAUGCAUGUUUAUUCUAUUUGCUACAGUAUUUUCAUGUUUUGGAUGAAGGCCAUCGGCUGUAUGGAGAUGACAAAACAAUCAUUCUAUCUUAUUUAUUCAGUAUUGCUGCUUAUCGUUUUCAAAAUAAAGCUUUCGAUGCCAAUACAGUGACUGAUUGAAAGCUGCAAUAGCUCUUUUCAGGUGCUUUUUUAUGUUUGUAGAAACCAAAAUAAGUGCAGGUUCUACCUUAGUGUAUAGAAUGUUCAAACACAAGAAAGCUAAUGGCAAGAACUGUGUGCACAUGUGUGUGUGUGUGUAGUAUUUACAUAAACACACAUACUGUACAUGCACUUAAGCCCAGUUUAGUAAUGCACUUAAGCAUAUGCUUAAAUCCAUCCCUGUUCAGUACAUAGCUGAAGCAGAUGCUGAUUAGGGCUAGUCAUUAAACUGACAGUCAUAAAGGUCAUGAUUCAAAAUCCAUUGAAAUCAAUGAGACUUAAGCACGUGUUUAAGCGCGCACACAUGCUUUGCUGAAUCAUAGCCUUAAAAAGUUCAUUCUGGUUCUAGAGAUAACAGUUCUAGUGAUAAUUCCUCAUUUUAUGUAUAGUUGGUAUCUCUGAAACCUUUAUUAUUCCCACAAAUAGAAUGAAUUUAAGUGUGCCCACUCUAGAGAAUACAGAGGAGGAAGAUUUGAAGAAUAUGUUUACAACCCAGAUGCAGCUUAGGUCUAAACAUAAUCACACAGUGAUUAGGAUAUUUGAGUUGCUGAAGCUUUAAACAGGAGUGGCAAUGCUCAUUAACUGUGAAGACAAAAAUGACCAUUUUUAGUACUGCUUUGCUUACCUGAAAGAUGGAAAUCUGUAUUAUAUGUAAUUAUAUUAGUUUCUCUUUUGACUGUCAUUUAAAAAGCUUAUAUUUUCUGAUUAUUUUCAUGAAUUGUUAUUCAGUGCUAUGAAGAAAAAUAUUGGAUAUUCUCCAGUACAAUAAAUCUUCCCUGAAUCACUGGGUCUUUACUAUC